AUGCAAGGUGCGUUAUCUCAACUGCGUAGUAUUUUCCCUAUUUUGUCAUCGUUCAGAGACUACAAUUGGCAUCAUUUAAUUAAUCCAGGUUUGUAUAAUCAUUCGUUAGACAUUAUUAUGUCGAAAUUAUACAAUCAUUUCCCUGUUGGAAGCUUUAUUUGGCGGUUAGAAUUAUUGACAGUUUACAUUGUGAGUUCCUGAUUUGAGUUCAAUUUUAGCUUGAUUUUAAUAUACUUGGUUGUAUUUUCAUACAUUUGUCUCGAAUCGUUGAUUUCUUUUUCGUGUAGAUCGAUUAGUUGUCUGCAGAAAUGACAUCGAAGCAGUAGAAAUUUACUAGCAGUGUUAUGAUUAUCAACAGUCAAUUCGAUUCGAUUUUCGUGCAGAGUUGGUAAUAUUCAAUUUAUACUGGUCGAGACUGAUGUAGGUAUACAAAAGAAUUAUUUCUUCUUUGAGAUUUUCCUUGUUUUAAACAAGUAACUUUUAAAUCUUUCUUCAAUUACGAAUAUUUAAAUUAUUCAAUGUUAACAAUAUUUCGCUGUGUUCAUGAUAGACUCAAUAAUAAAAAUAUUCAAACACGUUUCGAGUUACAAAAAAACAAGGUGUUUUUCUUUUUUUGCAUAAUAUGUUGUUACUUUUAGAUACGUAUUUACAAAAUUUUUUAAGUAUCGUAAACAUCUUCAAAUAUUCACGUAAAUGUAAUCGUAGUUCAUUAUCUAAUUAAAGAAAUUAUAUUUUGAUAACGUUUCAUAACCUAAUUUCAUACAAAUUAGUUGUAUUGCAUUUAGAAUCCAUUUUUUAACAUGAUGAUUUUUAAUAAAAAAUGAAUAGUAGUGAUAUUGCGAGUUCAAACUAACAGACAUUUUUCGAAACAAACAUUCUGUAGAAAGAAGAAGAGAAAUUUUCUUUUUUCCUGUUCCCCACUAUUUAAGUUUUAUUUUUAGAGAAUGUUUGUGACCGCGUGCAAUGCGGUUAAUAGAGUCAGUGUUUGCUUCGUAAUAGUGUUAAUUAUUUCUGAGGACAUAGUCUUCAGCUUAAAACCAGUUCUAAUGAUCAUUCGUGAAAUUAGAGUCAGUGUUUGUUCGCCGAUUUUUAUAUAAACACGCGCGCUGAUAGUCUUUUCUUUUUAUUUUUUUUUUUUUUUUUUUUUUUUUUCAAUAUUCGUUUUAGUAUUAGAGUUUCGCAAGACGAUCGAGCUUCUUCAGGAGGUUAAGAAUGUAAGUAUUUACUUGUAUAUAUUUUACUUCUCAAUCUAUUUCAUUCUCCUUUAUAUAAUCUAAUUAUCUAAAAGUAUAAUUUUCCAUGAUUAAAUUAUUUAUUCUUCAAAUGAGUCUGGAGUUUGAAUUUGAAUUAUAAUACGUAUAUUGGUAUUAUUAUAGAUUUUUCAAUCCUCCAACUCUUUAAAAGGAUUGGCGGUUUUGGCAAAAGUUAAAAACGUAAGUACUUUGUAUUAAAUUUUAAUUAAUUUACAUUUUUACUAAUUUCAUGUUUCGUUGUAGACUUUUUGCCACUUGCUUCCUUUUGCCAGGAUCUAAUAGCACUAUAAACGCCAAGAAUGUAAGUAUCUCUGCAUACUCUAAUUAAUUUUAUUAAGAAUAAGUUAUGAUUGUUACAGAUUUCUCAUAAACUUCAUUUUCCAAUAUAAUAUUAGCUAGAUUCAACUUGAUGACAACUCUCACGAUGACUUCCUCUGGACUACUGACAGCAUCGAUAACAACGCCUUCCGCAUCUAAUCGUGAGUCACAUGCUUUCCUUUCCUCUGGCCACUCAAACAUGUCAUAGGAUGAAAGAUCCGAAUCGACACGUGAUUGGUUGUAUUACAUAGAAGUUUUUGACGAGCAUAGUGAUCUCGGGUAUUCAUUUAUACCCGUGAGUAGUAACAUUUUCUUAUUUGGUUGUUUUUUUGGUGUUUUUUGUUGUUUUGUCUAUUAGUUUAGGAUAGGUUUUCUUGUACAUCGAGUUUCUAAUUUUCAGUAAUGAUACAUUUAUAAUACAAGUGCUAUGGUGAAGUACAAUAUUUAUGAUAAUAACGCAAUGAUAAUAUAAUAUGAUAAUUAAUAAAUAAAUAAUAAUGAUAAUAAUGAUAUUAUAGUAAUAAUAAUAAUAAGAUAAAGGUUGAAGUUUAAUUUUUUCCACACAAAAAUGUAUAAAAAUUGCUGUGCAAAAAGAAACAGGUAGAUUUCGACCGAUCAAAGUAAUAAAUUAUACUGAGCGUGGAAAGUUAUUCUUGUUAUUACUUUGUCACUGUGCUCGCUUUUAAUAAUUAGUAGGUAUAAUUAUUUUUUGGUGAACAUUUAUCACCAUCUUUGGCAAAUCGUGGUUUUUUUAAUAGUGUUGCGAAUGAUUAUUGAGUUUAGACUAGAGUUUCGAUCUAAUUAAUUUCACAUUGUCAAAAAAUAUUGAAGUCAAAUUGAAGUAAUGUUGCAAAUUUUAUACAAUAUCACGAUUUUACGUAAUAUUUGUUGUUUCUUCAAGAAUAAUACAUUAAGUAAUAAUUACAUUAGAUGUAGUGUGAGAAUUUUUUUUUUUGCAAUUGAAUUUAAAAAGAUACCGAGUUUGAACUAAUUUUAUAGCAUUGCAAUUUGUACUAUCUGUCGCGAAUAAUUAAAAUAACUUCUUGUUGCUACAGAAGUAGUAAUAUUUAUACAAUUCAUUUUAAGAAUUAAUGUUAAAUAAUGCUGCAAUUAAAUUAUGUUUAUAUAAUUUUAUGUUUUAAUUUAAUGCAGCUGAAAAGGUUGUACACAGAUGUUUCUAUGUUAGCAGCUUGCAUUCGAUUUCUCGUUACAAAUAUUUAAUUUCGGGUGCAUUAAGUAAUAUUUAUUUUGUAAAUAAUUUUUCUACUUUUAUUUUAUUUUAUUUUUCGUUUUUAUUAGUAAAUUAGUAUUGCAUUCAUCGCGUUUUUUUGAGAAUUUUGUAUUUCGAAUUGCGAAAUAAGAAAAAUACCCCAUUUACGAUUUGUUGUUUAGGCUUGUAUUGAAUAGUUGAUGAUUAUAUUUUCGUAGCUAUUAAAUUCGUUUCUAAAUUUUUUAGAUAGUAAUUCAGUAAACAAGUUUGUUGCAGAUCUAUUUACUUUUUGGAGGUAUCAGCUAUGUGUAAAAUAUUUAAUAUCAUUUGAGAAUUAUUAUUGAAAACUUAAAACGAUACGAAUGAAAGGAAAUAUGUAGCUAAACGCAAUUAGGCAAAUAUUACAAAAUGGUUUUGAGAUUCAUCUAUUUAAUUGAAGAAUUAAAGUUAUAGAAUUUCUCAUAGAAUUUUUUAAUAGAAUUAAAGCAUAAGUAUUUGGAUUCCUGGUAGAUUUUUCUUCAUUAUUAUUAGAUUUAGAUUAUUUAGUAUAUUUAGAUAUUUAUUUAUUUAGAUUUUUGAUAGGUAAAGUAAAUUACAUGUAAAUUAUAGUUAGAGAAGAUGUCUAAAUUUAUGAUUAAGGAGGAUGUUUCCAGGUUUAAACAGAUGCAUGGUUAA